GACAGACAGUGAUACUACAACACGAAACAAACCACACGGGAAGAGUGAAAACGAAACAGAAACACAACUGUUAAGGUAACUUGUGUUUACAGUAAUGGCGUCGUUGGCGUGGUGUGGGAGAGAAACGCGCGUUAACUCUUAGCCAAAAAAAGAAAAAAGUGUUUCGCUCGGCUUCGUCUGUCGCAGCCGUGAUGGAGAACGACGACCUGGAUAAAGGCAGGACGGUGGUUGUGUCCGGUGUGCCCGACGCUUUACCUCUCAGCAGGAUGGUCGACAAGCUCACCAUCCACUUCCAGACCCGCAGGAGGAGCCGUGGGGGGGACGUCGAGGCGGUCAGGUACCCCACCAACCUGGACGGGGUCGCGUUUGUCAUUUUUGACGAAGCUAAAGUCCUCUUGGCAGAUGCAGCGAGGGUGACGCGAAACGAGCGGCAGAUCAUGGUGGACGAUGAGUUUCCAGAGGAGUACCUUCUCACUGUGUACCCCUUCACCAGAGACGUGUUCUUCUACGUCAGCAGCGCCACGGUUAAUCUCUCGGUGUUUGGCAGAGAUCAAGCAUCGCUGAUACAGCGUCUGCGGUCAGCUCACAGGUCGCUACGUUUCCGGCCUUUGCCCGGGGAGAGCAUCACUGCGAUCGAGGGGCCUUUCACGGCCAUCCAGGCCCUGAGACAGGACCUCAUCCGCAGGGCCAGCCGGGUUAAAUCCAGAGUCCCAGCCCAAACUGCUGCUAAACUCAAAGAAGCUCCUCUUAAUCCGAGGGUAAUAUCUCACCGCGAGUCUGUCAGCCCUGUAAGCUGCGGUGGUUCUAAAGCUAAGCUGGAGCCAGCGAGCUCGAACAGCUUAUCAACACCGCCGCAGACCACAGGUGAGGCAACUGAAGUCCUGCUCUCAAAUGCAAAAACUCAAAACGGUUACUCGAGGCGAAACAUUUCCUCGCCUGUACGGAGCUUUUGUAACCCAGACAGUUACGAAGAGCAGCAGAGAGCUCGGUCCAGGCACCGAGUACUGACAGAAUACAGAACCGAGAGCGCGAAGGCCAACCCCAGACAGGUGGUCGGAGAGGAGAUCAGUGCAGGGAUUAGAUCCUCCUUAUCAGGCCCGGACCUGCUCCCUGCAGAGGAUAUAUCAAUGAAGCAGCAAAGAGAAGACGGUAUUUCACAAAAACGCACCCGACCAGACAGGGCUUCAACACCCAAGAUCAGAGGAGAGAAUCAUUUGGGCUCCGGCUACAGCCGCACAGACUAUCUGAAGGAAUCCGAUCAGAGCAGCUCAGCCGUCACUGCAAAGCCUCCCCGGACUAGACUUAAAGAUGUCUCGAAGUCCUCCAACAGCGGUUCGAAGGGUACAGAAGCGCUGUCUGCAGUCUGUCCACAGAAUCAAGAGGAUAUGUGCAUCUGGGUCGACUCCUACACAUUCAGAUACAUACAAAAGUUCGAUAAAGAUAAUUUGGACAUGUGUUUGAGUGGUCUUGAGGUGUCCGCUAAGUGUGUUGAAGGAACUGACCUCAUGCAGAUCAUGUUUACUGCGAAGCAAACCUCCCAGACCAGCUCAAGGAUCCAGCAGGCCUCGCAAGACCUCUGCGCUUUGGUGGACUCAACGCAGUCCACAUUAAGAGUGUAUCAGGUCAACUUAAACAAGAAGGUGCUGUCUGACAAGCAGAAACUGAACGACAUCUGCAAAAAUUCAAAUACUCUAUAUGACGAUGUGCUUUACAUGUUUGAAGAUUCAUGCAUAAAAGUGAUCGGCCCUUCAAUUUCCAGUUUCCUGUUCUGUAGGACAGUGGAGGACAGAGUUGCUAAGCUCAAAGACAGAUCACUGACAGUGUAGUAUGGAGAAGAAUUAACGAGUGUACUUUUAUGAGUGACCACAUGGUGGUGCCGUUGUGCUGUUUUUUUUAAACUAUUUGCAUCAGAAGUCAAGAGCUACAUUAGGCACAAAUGUGCCACCUGUAUUACUUCUAAUUAGAAGUAUAGAUGGUACAACUGCUGUGUCUGUUAAAUCUGCCUCAGAGGACUGAAUGUAUAAAGAAAUCAUCUUCCAGUGA